GGCCUCUACAUCGUGUUAUUUAUACCUUUAGGGUUUUCGGCAGCUCGCCUCCACAAUCUCGUACGCGCCGCCGCCGUCGUUCUGAGCGGCAGCCCGGCCGGCGUAAAGGAUGGAGAAGAUGAAGGAGGAGGAGGAGCAGCAGCAUCCGGCGGCGGCGGAGAUCCUAUCGCGGGCAGGUUCGCAGGUACAGCAGCAGGCCGGGUACAGGACGGGGAAGGUGGAGGAUGAGCAGCCGGAGAGACUUUGGACGGACCUUCUGCCUAAGAUCCACCGGGAGAUCCUGUCGCGGGUGCCAUACCGGUCGCUGUGCCGCUUCAGAUGCGUGUCGAAGGCGUGGCUGGCGCUCUGCUCCGACCCGGCCGUCCGCAGGAGGUCGCCGCAGACGCUCUCCGGCUUCUUCUGCUACUCCCAACUCGACGUCGGCGGCGGCCAGAGCCGCGAAGGCCUCAGCUUCCUCAACCUCUCCGGGUGGGGCCGGCCGCUGGUCGACGACCCCUCCCUCCGAUUCGUGCGCGGCUAGCACGACGUCAAGCCCAUGCACUGCUGCGGCGGCAUCCUCAUCUGCCACUGCUUGAAGGCGGCCAUGAGCAAGGAGGCGGACUACGUCGUGUGCAACCCCGCGACGGAGGAGAUGUGGGCCGUGCUGCCCGUGCCCUCCAAGAACCUCAGCACCGCCCACCUGUGUUUCGACCCGGCCGUCCCCCGCUGUUUCAAGGUGUUCCUGUUCGUGCAAAGUUUUGAGGGGAUCCAGAGGGUGGAGGUCUACUCUUCGGAGACCGGGCAGUGGACCUCCAUGCAGAGCCAGUGGAGCCAUGAUAUUCUCCUCAUGGGGAAGCAUUCAGAAUGUGUAUUCUUCAAUGACACCCUGCAUCUGGUUGCCGACAAUAUGAUCGGGUUUAUGAUCCAGGAGGGGAAAGUGAUACGCUCCAUGGUUACAGUGCACACGGAGGGGAAAGCCUGGAGGAGCAUCAGAAUGCCGGAUGACAUCCAUAAUGGUUUCAUCGGGCAGUCACAGGGGCGCAUAUACGCCACACGCUUAGAAAACGGAGAUGAUUGUUGUCUAUCGGUCUGGGUUCUUAAAGAUUAUGCUACGGGAGAGUGGACUCUGAAGUGUACCGCCAGCAUUCCCGAACUGCUAGGAAGGCCUCACCGCAGGCACAGCGAACUCUACACGUUGGUCGCGAUCCAUCCCGAGUGCAGCUUGAUCUAUCUAGCAGGCGGGGUGAGGCUGGAAAACACACUUAUGUCGUACGAUAUGGAUAGCGGUGAGUUGCAGAUCCCUUGGGCGAAAUCUGCUUGCAUGGUGUCAAACAACACCAAUACGUGCUACACUGAGAACAGGGUUAUAUUUUAUUUGCCUUUUGUAGGGGAAGAGAAUAACACAACUGCACAACUCAUUAAGUGACACCACUGGUUCGUGGUGAAGAUUGUUUGUGUGAUGCCAUGCAGGUUCAGUGUGCAUCAGCAUCACUCUUAACACCCCACAGUGUGUUGUUUAUCCUUUGUUCCGAGUAAACUGUCCAUGACCAUUAUUAUUGUUCUGCCU